UAUUAUAGUAGUUUUUUUAGAAAUGUCGGAUGGACGAGCGAUGGGCCGCGGCUGUAGUGACGUUUAUUAUCAGAAAUUAUUUUGAAAUAUACAAUUUAGGGCGUAUUAGUUACAUUCACAACUAGUUUUAUAGUGGAUGACCUUAUCCGAAAUAAAGUUUGUUAGAAAACCGGUGUCAUUGUAAGGAUUUGUGGCCAUAACCUCUUCGUCUGGACAAUCUAUAAUCUUUCUUGUCGUAAUUAAAGCUAAAAAUUCUUUAGCUCGCGAUAAAUGAAAGUGUUGUUUACAUUCCGUGAAGUGUAUGGUGUGCGAAUUGUACGCGUUGUGUGUGCGAAACUGUCGGUGAUCAGUUAAGUGAAGUAAAAAUGUGCAAACGAGUAGCUUUGUGUUUAAAAUGUGUUUAAAUUCGUGUAAUCCAAUUACAAAGUGUAUUUGUGUUAUUUGUGCUGGAAUGUUGCCGUAGGAGUGCAAUGUCCAGGCUUGUGGACUACUUCGUAAUUGUGGGCUUCGACCACGAGAAGGAGAGGGGCGGUCUGAACAGCGGCGUAGUCCUCCAGAGGUUUCCCGAGAUCAAUUGGGACGACACACCCUUUCACGACGGUAUAGGAUGGUUCUGUCAGCCGCAAGGAUGGGCGCUCUCAACAGAGCGUACGGAACCCCGGUUCUACGUGUCCGUACUAACGGACGUAGACGCAAACCGUCAUUAUUGCGCCUGCCUGUGCUUCAACGAGACCGUCGCCAUCACGCCCACCAAGCCUGCAGACGAGGACGAAGAAGAGUCAGCGCGGCCGGUGCCCAAUAUCACCCACCACAGUAUCAUGUACGCUCCCAAGUGCCUCGUCAUUGUGUCGAGACAGGACUACAUCGAUACCUUCAGGAACUGCCUAGGCAUAAUCUACACAGUAUGGGUAGAAAACCUCGGGGUACCACUAGAGACGCUGGUCGGUAACCUGGUGGGCGGCGUGCUGGUGCCGGGCGCGGGCGGGCCGCAGGUGCGGUUCAGCAUCGGCGCCGGGGACCGACAGGCGCUGCAGCCGCCCGCCGCGCCGCCCAUGCCUGUCACACACACCGCUGUGUAUAUGCUGCUCAGGUUGCUAGGUAACGACUCCUGCAGUCUACUUACACAGUAUGGGUAG